AUGCUGAGCACUGUUAGAAAAUUAAUAUUAGUUUUAAUUGUUACUGCGGUAGUAGUAUUUUUCGGUCUUCUGGGAUUUAAUGUUUAUUUGAAUUAUAAAAAAACCAGCAUUAAGGAGCAGGCGGAAAAAGAACGCCAAGAGGCUAAAAAACAAUUAGAAGAAGAUGAAAAAUUAAAGCGAGACAUAGCCGAAAUGACCAAACAAAAAUUAACCGGCUGGACCCCGCCUUCUAAUUCUUAUAGCAUUUUAUCAGUAGAAAAUAUUAAUCACUUGGGAAUGAUAGACCAUGAAACUAUCGCCUGUCAAAAUUGUAAUUCUUGCCAAAAUUGCCAAGCGGGCGAAGAAUGCUUAAAUAUGCAACCGAAAUUAAUUUUUACCCGGAAAGUUAAAGAGUAUAUCCAUAAUGUUCUAGACUCUAUAAUUAAGCACGUGAAUAGCGAAGAAUUAGGUCCUGAUAACUAUAAUGAUAAUGUCACUCCUUUUCUAAAAAGAUAUAACGCAGUAUUAUAUGGAGCACCCGGCACCGGUAAAACUGAAUUAGUAAACGAAUUAGUUCACCACUUACACGAGAAAUUUAGCAAUCCUGAAGUUAAAACAUUAACCAAAGAGAUCGAACAAAUUGAGACCAAACUAGAAAAGGCCCGUCAACAACAAGCCGCCAUAAGUAAAAAAUCCGAAGAAACAACCAAGGAAGAUAAAGUUUUGGAGCAAAAAGUAGACCAAAUAACCCGGGAAUUAACAGCCAAGCAAAAGGAAUUAUCCGAAUUACAAAAAAGCCAUUGGGUCCCACCUGUUUUUAAAAUUGAUGGGGUCCAACUGCAAACAGGAGGAGCCGUAACCGAUCAGCCUAAUCCAGAGGAUAAAUUAAGGAUGAUUAUUGAAAAGUGCAAAAAACAAUAUUUUGACAACGCCUACUCUGAUAAACCUUAUAUCGUCUUCAUCGAGGAGGCAGACCAAGGAAAAAAUGUGAUGACUGCUGAAAAAGGAAAAUUAUUAGAAGAAUUUAAAAAUUUCCUGUCUACCAGUGAAGAUAAAGCGGGUUUAAAAGCCAAAGCACAAGAUCCUAAUUCUAUUAUUAUUAUUGCUACUAAUAAUUUUGACCAGAUUGAUCCGGCCGUGGUUAGAAGGGGAAGAUUAGGGGAAAAAUUAAACUUUAACUGA